AAAAAAACACAAAGAAGAAGAAGAAGAAGAGGGAAGCCACGCACCGGUAGAUCCGAAACUAUUUCCCGCGAGAUGGACGUUUAGCUAAAACUACAAAGAAAAACUACAUUUUGCUAUCUAAGCUAGCUGCUCCCUUUCACUAUAUAGGCUACUGCAUAACAUAGCUUCAAGCUAAAUGUACACAUACACCAGAUAUGUGUGCUUUAAUGUAACUGUUGAGCUGUGAAGUGUCCUGAAGUGUGAUUAACACACACACACACACCGGUUGGUACCAUGGACCGGGAGUGUGUGUGGCUGCUGCCCGGUGUGUGUGAGGUGCUGGCGGGCUCCGGGAGGUGUCUGCCCGACGACACCAGUCUGGAGAAGCUGCUGGACUGGUUCACAGGGAUCAGAGAGGCUGGAGGAUCUCUGCUGGAGGCGUGUCCAUGUCUGCUUGAGUUCACCUCCUCUGUGGUUCUGAACACGGCUUCAGACCCCGGAGUCCUCUCCUUCACGCUCAGACUGGCCGGUUUACUGGCUGCCACAGAGGACGGCUUAAAAAUGCUUCAGGAACGCUCUGUUCUGAAUCAGGUCUUCAACCUGCAGCACUGGCAGGAAGCCGGACUCUGGGAGGAUCCCUGUCUAAGGAUCGGCUGGGUCCAGGGACUAAGGAGCAUGAUGCAGCACCCAAAGGCUCUCACUUUCUUUGUACAAUCAGGUUUCACUGAUCCGCUCCUACGACUGCAGACAGACACGAGUCUAUUCGUUGCCUCAGCUGCCAAUCAAACGCUCGCCCACAUCCUGCUCUUCUUCCAGCCAGCCUCGUCUUUGGGAUGUAAAGGCGUAGAUAAGAGAGAAGAAGAAGAAGAAGAUAAGGGGAAGACACGUGCCUCCAUCACAGACUUCCCAGCUGUCAUUAAUGAUUCCAGUGCGGAGUACACUGCUGUGGUCACGGCCAUCUCAGAGUACCUGAAGGAGUCUCUGGUUCCCAAAGAAAACACCAAGCACCAUCAGAGCCUGCAGGUCCUCAAGCUGCUGGCCCUGCUCCUGGCUCAGGCCGGGCCUCGUCUCCGGGACCAGCUGCUCUCUGCAGCCGCAGACUCUCUGGAGGACGUAGUGACUGCAGGCUGCAGCCAGCUCACGCUGCCGCUGAUGGACGUCAUCCUGGCUGCAUGCAGCAGCUCCGGCACUGAUGAACGCGUCCCAGAUCGACGUGUCACUCGUCUUUUGUCGACCAUGUUGAACGUUAACAAACCAGCAGACCUGAUUCAUGCUGCAGCUGCUUUUCUUCGCCGAGGUCGUCUUGAUACGGUCCACACAGCCCGAGCUGUGAGAAUACUACUGCUGCCCCUUCACAUUAUAACCGGUCAGAAUCUACUGGACACAAGCACCACGGAAGACGAACGUCAGUUUUCAGAGCAGCUGAAGAGUAAAACCUGCUGCAUCUCUAUGAUCUGUGUCAGUCUGACAAACACACCACAGAUCACUCUCAUGCCUCCUGAUGUCCUUCCCUGUCCUCAGGCUUUAAUUGUCUCUGCAGUUCUGUCAUUGCUAAAGAUCUGCAGUGGCGUUUCUUCCUCCUCAUCAACUGGUUGCAGUGAAGUUUGCAGGAACGUAAUCAGCAGUGGCAAAGUUCAGAAAUGUGCCCUGGAGGCUCUGACGGCUCUCAGCAGCAGCAGCUCAGGAGAGAAGGAGAAGAUCAGUGAAGUGUUCACAGUUCUGAUACAAUAUCUGGACAAUCCUGAUUCUGACCCCACUGUACUACACAAGUCCUACCAGGCGUUAGUGAAGUGGAUGAGUUUGUGCACAGACCUCUCCUUUAUAACAGAGCAGCUCAGAAAAGAUCUGGAGGAGGUGGUGAAGAAGCGAGUGUGUGACAUGCGUUGGGAGGUGAGAGACUCGACGGUGGAGUUUCUUGGACACCUGGCAGGUGUCCAUGUGUCCCAGAAAUGUGCUGAGGAGUCUCUGCUGGGGGGCUGCUGCACCACUCCUCUCCUGAAGGAGGCGCUGCAGGAUACGGAGAGCUACGUGAGAGCGAGCGCCGUCUCUGCUCUGGCAAAGACGAGAACACACCGCUGGCAGAAGGGGGCAGCACUCGCUGAGGAGGAGACGGAGACAGCGAGCCAGCUGCUGGAGAUCCUCUCCCAGGACUCGGAGGGUUUCCCCAGGAGAGCUGUGGUACGAUACUUCACCUCCUGGUUCUCCUCACACCUGCCUCCAUCCUCCUCCUCCUCCUCCUCCCUCCUGAUGCAGUGCGUGCGCUCCGUCCUCUCACACGGCAGCACCGACCUGGACUGGGAGGUCAAAGUUCACACGCUGGAGCUGGCCGAGCUGCUGCUGGACGAAGCUUUUUCAGGUCACAGCAGCUACAGAAAGGCUUCGAACUCACUCCACGCCCCGCUGCACCCCUACGGGGUCGUCUCUGACCAGACUUACACACUUCACACACACACCGGUGCACACACACACAGCGUGGAGUCACAUUUGGCGGGUUUGGUGGAGCAGGGAGUCCUCUCGGCGCUGCUGAGCGGUCUGGUAGACUGUGAUAGACCCGUGGCUCUGAAGGCCUGUCGGCUGCUGAUAGCACUCAGAGACACGAUCUCUCACUCAGAGUCUACGGUGGCCUGUGAGCUGCAGGGUUGGGGCUGGGGGCUGGAGGUCAGGAGGGUCCUGGGGAGGAAGGACGGAGAUCUGGCGGGAAGUUUAAAUGGAGAAGCUGAGAGUGUGAGUGUGAGUGUGUGUGAGCUGCUGAGGUGUCUGGGUUUAGACGAGAGGCUGCAGGUCCUGACUCAGAGCAGCGACCACGUCCACAACUCGCCCCGCUCCCUGCUGCAGGACAUCCUGACCGCCAGCGCCGCUCACGCUCAUCCAGACGCACAGCGGGGACCGGAGGUCAUAGUGGACUGUUACUGACACACACACAAACACUGCCUUAUGUUGACAUGCACCUGUAAUAAUAACUUCUAGACGGAUUUCAGAAUAAAGGCCUCCUAUAGUCU